AUGACAUCUUAUUCAGUGCCCAGUUCAGUAUUAGCGCAACAGCAAAGCAUCACUUGCACUGUUGUGCGUGCAGUUAUCGAUGUCAAUACUGCUCAUCCAGUAACAAACCAAGAUCAAACAAAUCCAACAUUCCACGUGCUUGCUCAUUUGAAUACAUUGAUCAAUACUGUUGCUUUAAGAAUACCAUAUGACACAUUACAGCAAGCAAUGAGAGACUUUUGUACGGCAUGUGGAAUGGAUUUUAACCGUCUUAGUCUACAAGAAAAGAAAGACUUGAACAAGCAACACUUACAGAUUACAGCCACAGGUGAAUUAAUACCAACCUUGGAGUACAAUCCAUUCAAAGUGCUAGCACCAUCAAAUAAAAUUCAGGUAAACCAGUUUCAAAUACACACAGACUCUUUGCCCUUUGAAAGAUUAGGUGAUAUACCUAGAGCACGCACAGGCCGAUUUCACAAUUUCUUUGCUGAAGAUGAAGAAUUGGAACAAACAUAUGAGUUUGACAUCCCUGAUGCUGUAUCUGACGACUUUGAAGAAUUUGAAACGAGUGAAAGAAAACAAUCCACAGAAUCUGAUGCCAUUAACAUAAGUCGAGAUCCAUUGAGCACUGAAGCAGGCACCCACGAUGACCACAUUAUCAUUGAUGAUGAUUCUGACAAUCAUAUAACCCUUAAUGAUGAUACGAACAAUAUAAAUGUCUCAACAGCUCCAGAAGAUAUGGAUCCCAAUGUGCAAGGAUCAACAGAAGACUAUACCUUUUUAAACGACGCUGACUCCAUUUCUAGCUCUGCCACUCCUACUCAAGCAACAGUUAAUAGACAUGAAGUGUUUGAAGCAGAAGGGUUUCUGGAUCAACUGUUGCAUACUUUUAGUUUCGCCUCUGUGAAUGAUCCUCCUACUGCACCAUCAUCUUUUGCAAACUCUCCUUCUGGGCCUGCAGUAGCAUCACAACAAUCCAUUAUUGAGCCUCAUGAUAUUCAAGCUAAUGAUGUUCUUGAUACUGAAACAGUAUCGCCACAGCCACACAGUGAUGUUCCUGCUACACAAACAGCAUUCCAACAAGCAGAUGAUAAUUUCAGCAUCCCUGACAGACCCUCUAAUUGA